GAGAUGCCGGAGGAGCCCGACCGGGGCGUGUACCGGGAGCCGCCGCGCCGCACGCCGGCCCCCAACCCUCAGUCGGCCGUCCCCAACCCCCUCGACCUGGUGCAGAAGAUAUUCGAGUACACUGUCGACGCGCCGGUCACCGCCUGGAGGAACUUUAUCGAACGCCAACACGCAAAACAUAAGUCUUACUAUUAUCACCGGAAGUUCCGCCGCAUCCCUGAUCUCACGACGUGCCUGGAGGAUGAUUAUGUUUGCUUCUUUGAAGCUGAGAUGCAGUGGGAGAGAGACAUGAAAGUCGAUCAAGAAAUUGUGAAAAUUGUCCAGGAGAGAUUAUCAGUUUGUACGCAGCGGGAAGGAGAGAGCCACUUCCAGAACUGCGCAGGGGAAUAUGAGAAGUUCAAAGAAGUAGCCAAGGCUUACCAGACCAAAUAUGGGGACCUAGGUGCCUAUGGAAAUGCUCGGACAUGCUUGAUGAAACAAAAGCAACGUAUGAUCGCAGAAAGGAAGGCCAAGGCAGCUGCCGAAGCACACCACUAA